CACAUAAAUUUGUCCCCCGGGCUGUGUUGGUCGACCUGGAACCAGGAACCAUGGACAGCGUGCGCUCAGGAGCCUUCGGACAACUCUUCAGACCAGACAACUUCAUCUUUGGUCAGACAGGUGCGGGGAACAACUGGGCCAAAGGUCACUACACAGAGGGGGCAGAGCUCGUGGACUCGGUCCUGGACAUAGUGAGGAAGGAGUGUGAGCACUGCGACUGUCUCCAGGGUUUCCAGCUCACUCACUCCCUGGGAGGGGGCACCGGCUCCGGCAUGGGCACCCUGCUGAUCAGCAAGAUCCGAGAGGAGUACCCAGAUCGGAUCAUGAACACCUUCAGCGUCAUGCCCUCACCUAAGGUGUCUGACACCGUGGUUGAGCCCUACAACGCCACUCUGUCGGUCCACCAGCUGGUUGAAAACACAGACGAGACCUACUGCAUCGACAACGAGGCCCUGUACGACAUCUGCUUCCGCACUCUUAAACUCACGACGCCCACCUACGGCGACCUCAACCACCUGGUGUCGGCCACCAUGAGCGGCGUGACGACCUCGCUCCGUUUCCCCGGGCAGCUCAACGCAGAUCUCCGUAAGCUGGCCGUCAACAUGGUGCCUUUCCCCAGACUCCACUUCUUCAUGCCAGGAUUCGCUCCUUUGACGGCCCGGGGGAGCCAGCAGUACCGAGCGCUCACAGUUCCCGAGCUCACCCAACAGAUGUUCGAUGCCAGAAACAUGAUGGCGGCCUGCGACCCUCGCCACGGGCGAUACCUGACCGUCGCCACCGUCUUCCGCGGGCCCAUGUCCAUGAAGGAGGUGGAUGAGCAGAUGCUGAACGUCCAGAACAAGAACAGCAGCUACUUCGUGGAGUGGAUCCCCAACAAUGUCAAGGUGGCCGUCUGCGACAUCGCUCCCCGGGGGCUUAAGAUGGCCGCCACCUUCAUCGGCAACAGCACGGCCAUCCAGGAGCUGUUCAAGAGGAUCUCUGAGCAGUUUUCGGCCAUGUUCCGCCGAAAGGCUUUCCUGCACUGGUUCACGGGCGAGGGCAUGGACGAGAUGGAGUUCACAGAGGCGGAGAGCAACAUGAACGACCUGGUGUCCGAGUACCAGCAGUACCAGGAGGCCACCGCCAACGACGGCGAGGAGAACUUUGAGGACGAGGAGGACGAGAUUGUUGAGUAAGGAGACCGAACAAGACUGGAGCUGGAAUGCAGAGCGGCAGCUGGACGAGCCAAUCAGAGAGAACGAAGACAACUUCAGCCCAAUCAAUUAAAGGCAGAGGCGGAUUAACACCUGGAGACACAAAGAAAUUCCUCCAACAUAAAUGCUUCCUGUCUGAUGUGUGAAUUAUUAAUAGUCAGGAUCACUGGUGUAGAAUAUGUCUACAGUUUAAAUUUAACAUCAACUCCCCAAACUGAAGUUUUUUUUUGAAUAAUUCUGAAAAUGAGCAGUUUUUGAACCCUAAAUGUGAAAAAAAUGUGUUUAUUAAUUAUUGUCAGUGUUGCUACGACACCGAGUUCAGUCAAAUAAAUGAUGAGGGUUUAAAAAAGCACACAUACAGAAAAUGAAAUACAGUAAAACAACCUUUUGAGACCUGCAGUGUGUUAUACUUUUUAUUUGGAAAAAGUUCAAUUUAUCUUGUUCAUGUACGAUUAAAGCGAACAGCAUCCUGGA